AUGAUCAAUUCUCAAACCAAAAAGAAAUUGCUUAAACUCUUCAACAAAUUGGAAGAAUUCGAAGUUCAUUCAGAAUCUAUGAGACAAAUCCUCUGUCAAUAGGAUGAAUUCGAACCCUACUCAGUUUUCAAGAAAAUCUCCAAUGCUGGACACAUCGGCUCAUCAGAGAUCUACUAAUUAUUGCAAUAGAAUGGAUUGAUAGUACAACUGGAACAAGUCAAUCCAAUAGUCAAAUGGUAUUCACAGAAAUGUGACAACCGACUCACCUAUGCUGACUUCUUGCAGAUAGUCCUCCCAGCAAAUAAUCUCGAGUUAAGAAAACUAGUCUCACAAAAACCCACCUUUGCUAAGGAUAUCUCCUACGAAAUAGAGUAUGGAGUAUGCAGAAUAUUCUACAAAGAAAUUCAAAUCGCCGAUGAAAUUCAGGCUUACAAACAAGACCUCGUCCAGUCUCCUGAUUUUGAUUAUCGAAUAGCCUUCCAAACCAUAGAUUAAUUCAACUCAGGAUUCAUACAAUUGGAUCUAUUAGAACACUUCGUCGAUCGGGAUUGCAGUGCCUUAAUGAGAAGACUAGAUUAGAAUCGAGAUAGUUAGAUCGACCUUGAGGAUUUCAGAAUUGCACUUGAACCUCAAUAUGGAAAUGUGUAUUCUCAGAAAUCAUCAGCCUCAGCUGUGACUUCAGUCAAGCAGAUCGAAACUCAAAAUCAGUUUCCAAAUAGAAGAGCCAAGCAGAGUGUGGCCAAACACAUUGAUAGAAACAAAAAGAUUGUGCAAUAGAAGAAAGUUUAGUGUUACGAUAUGGAUUAUUUGGCAGAGGCCUUGAAGAUCAUUUCAGAAUUAGAAUAUGAGAAUGAAUUUAGGAAGGAGGAGUUGGGAUAUCUGUAAUAUGACUUUCUGGAAUUGUUCUCAUUCUUCGAUUAAGAUAAGACUGGCAAGUUGGCUCCAGGAGAUGUCAAAGCAGCCUUAGAGGAAUUGGAAAUAUACCCAACCUAAUCAUAGUUAUAUUUGUGGAUGAAAAGAUACGACAUCGACAGAGAUGGCAAAUGGAAUGUCAGGGAAUUCUUGGGUGCUUUCAAACCAAUAAACUACUAGAAAAUCAACAUCAGACAGUUGGAUAAGGAAAUACUGAAUGCAGUUAAGAAUGUCAUCAAAACUGAAAUUGAGAAUGAAGUUGCCAUCGAAUGUAUCAGAAAGAAGUUAUCACAAAGACCAAACUUUAAUCUCAAAUCCUUGUUUGCUGUGAUCACUUCCAAUCAAAUUAUAGUUGAAUAGGAAUUAAGGACCUUCCUUGAGAAUCACGGAGUCUAUUUGGACGAAAAAAACAGGGAACUAUUAAUGAGAAGAUUUGAUAGAAAUGAACAAUAGUACAUUACUUAUAGUGACUUCCUUAAUGAAAUGCAGCCAAAAUAACCUAAACACUGA